CACAAAUUCCACGCCUCGUCAAGCGGAGGCGAGCCCUAAUGCAGGAUUCUAGUUCACAGACUCCGGCCCCUUCAUCGCAAGCUCCUGAGAGAGCUUUACCUUCCAAGUCAUUUUAUUCCGUCGAAUAUCCGGGCUAUGUUCGACCAACAUCCGUGCCUACUGCCAUCGGCAAUCUGGGUGGCCAGUCUAGUCUCAAUAAUGCCUUCAAAAGGACCGCAACCAAGAGUGAUAGUCUACUGGAGCUACGUCUCAGACCUGACAACCCCUUUGCACACCCCAUCCCCGGAGAGAACGUGCCGACAAACAAUAUACUGCUAAAGGUCGUCAAGCGCAAGCGGAAGAAGUUGAAUCCUGCUCAUGACGAGGAAGGUCAGACACAUGUCGGCGACUACAAAGUUGAAGCGGUUGGCGUAGUAUCUAAGACGGUCCGGUUCAGGAGUAUGGCUGAUUUCCAAUAUCAGCCAGACGCACAGGACCCAGUGGUCAAACUUCGAAAUGCUCUAGACAAAAUGGACAUCGAGGGUAUUCGCAGCUACACUAUCCCAGAGGAGAAGGAAGAUUACACCACCCUCAGCAUGCCCGAAGUGCAGAUUGAUCCCCAAUUGACUUGCGAACCAGGAACGGAGCCAAAGAUUGUCAGUAACCUCAGAAUGUUCCCACCGCCACUAUUCAGUCGGCAAAGUGUCCCGCAAAAUUACGGAUUCAAGGCAAAUCCGAUGUCUACCGUAACCACAUUUGUCGAUGAUAAUGGAGAAGAGAAGAAGAGACUCAUUAAUCGUACACGAUGGAAAGGCUACGGCCCUGUGUCGAUUGUUUUCUCUGAUCCAACGGUACCAGAGAAACCCAUCCCACAAGUUGAGGAGGCCCGACAACAGGUCGACCAACAUCUUCUGAGGCGCGUCGAACAGUACUUCGAACAGCGACCAGUAUGGACGCGCCUAGCGCUGUUGAAUCAAUUUACUGCCGGAGAAGCGCGAGACAUUCACAACUCCAAGGCCUUGCUUCCCCUUGUCUCUUAUACAUUCAGUGAUGGUCCUUGGCGAGAUACACUCAUCCGCCUAGGAUACGAUCCGAGGAAAGACGUGGGCGCCCGCUUCUAUCAACGACUCUACUUCAGGAACGUAAACCACCCCAUUGUUCGCCCGUCUGUCAUAACCCGUCGUCACGAUGGCCGCUCUGCGACCAUAGCGCUGGCUCCUGCGGACGAAGGCCAACGGUCACAUAUCUUUGACGGUGUUACCCUCACGAAAGACACUGCAGCCUUCCAGCUAUGCGACAUCCACGAUCGUUUACUCAAAGAGAUGAUAGAAGAUGAGGACGACCUCCGGGAAACUGUCAACGAGAGAGAUGGGUGGUACACCACGCACGCUUUCGAGAACAUUAAGACUAUUCUGCGGCAUAAAUUCUUCUCCUUAGUGGACGGGUACGUAGCCACGGACGAGGAAUGCCUCGCGUUGCUGUCGUCGGAACCAGGAGCAGCCAGACCUGCGCCCGUCGGGGGUAGAAAAGUGCGAUGGGGCCGACACAACAUGGCCAAAGGUGCGUUGGCUCCCGAAGAUGCAGCGGCUAUCAGACUGCGUGCAGCCCUCGAGCAAAAUCGUCAAGGACAACGUUCGUCUUGA